GGUGUCACGUGCAUCCCCGCCAGCCAAUCAGCGGCGGGCGGCGGCGGCGCCAAGAUGGCGGACGAUAAGGACUCGCUGCCUAAGCUGAAGGAUCUCGCCUUCCUGAAGGGGCAGUUGGAGAGCCUGCAGCGCAGGGUGGAGGACGAGGUGCAGGCCGGCGUGGGGCAGGACGGGUCCCUGCUGGCAUCGCCCUUACUCAAAGGCUUUCUGGCGGGAUACCUGGUAGCCAAGCUCCGCUUCUCCGCUGUCCUGGGCUUCGUGGCCGGCACCUGCACGGGGAUUUACGCCGCCCAGAACUACGCCGUGCCCAACGUUGAGAAGACGAUUCGUGACUAUGUGAAUUCACUGAAAAAAGGUCGGGACUAGCGAGGAGGAGCCCGGAGGCAGCAGGGACUGCAGGAACGGUGCUCCUUAGGUAGCAGGCACAGAGCACUCCCAGGGCUUUGGGAGGCACAUCACCUGCACCCUUUUCCCUGGAAGAGGGCUUUGCACCACACCACUGCGGCACGUCAGGGGGCUGGUGAUGGGUGUUUGUUGGGCAUCAUGGCAGCAGUGAUCACUGCCCUAACCCACAGCAGCUUGAGAGCACUGAGGGGCUGCCGGCUGCCUUUUCCCCUCACCUUUCCCAGUGCCCCUGCAGACUGAGGGGCUGCUGUGCCCUGUCACCUGUGUGCCCUGUAACCCUUGUGCCCUGCCACCCAGUCCACACUGUGCCCUGGGAAUGUGCUUUGUGUGGCUUCUCAGGAAGGCUUGUAGUUCUCCUAACAAGAGACGGCACCCUGCUCUCCUGCUGCAUCACAAAUGUUGCAGGGAACAUCCUGCUUGAACUACGCUCAUUAAAUUCUUGGUAUUUGGUCUCUUCA